AUGUCACAAUUCGAAGGAUUGAAUAGAUUAGAUACUUUUUUAAAGACCACCAAGAACUGGGAGAGAUAUGAAAUUGGUCAAGCAAUUCUAAAGGAUUUGACCAAGAAUGACUAUCUUCAGAGUACUAGAGUCAUCAUGGAUUUUAUUCAAGCUGGAAAGCCUGCGCAAUCAGAGUUUCCAAGUACAUCAGAGUGGAUGAUGGACUAUGCAGGACUUUCAAUGACCACUGCAUCCUGUUUUUUCUAUGCUUUGUCUGGUAGUUUAGCUUUUCCAGUUACUGCUGGUGCCCUUUGUGUACUCUGGGCUGUCAUUACACUCGCGAAGAAGUAUAUCGAUGCGUCGGGUCUUCCUACACCCGGCCAAGAUAUGACACCCGACCAUGAGAAGGCAUUUCAAACUGCACUACGUUCGAUCAUUGGAACUGAAAUCCAAACAUAUGACAGUGACCUCUUGAUUGCAUUCUAUCAAUCUGCUCAAAAAAGAUUAAAAGAUCUUUCAAUUGCACUUCAAAUUCUUGUUCAAAGUAAUUAUACAGAUGCACAAGUAAAAAGUAGAAUUCCAGAUCUUUAUAGAACUGCAGAGAAUGCUCUUUUCGAUGUAAUGACUCAAUGUGCAAAAGAGAGUACUGAUAUUGGUUCACUUCCAAUGUAUGCCUAUGCCAAUACAAUUAGAAUGUUUUUGAUUAGAGAUGCACUGCUGUUUGGUGAAAAACAAUGGGGAAUGUCACCGGUUAUCUUGAGAAAGAACGAUCUUGAACAAAAUAUGGCAUCGUCUCUCAACCAGGGUCUUGCCCAUGUCAGGGCUGUCUAUGCCAAGGCCGAAGCACGCUGCAUUGCCAACGAUGGACGAAACGAUGUAAACACUUUCAACAAGCUAAUGCAACUGAGAAAUCAUAUGGUUAAAUACGUAUUCCAAUUCGCCAAUCUCUGGGAAUAUAUUGCCGCCGAGCCAUACAACACUUUUAUUUAUCCACAGAGAUCACAUCUCUUGAUGAGCAAGGUUGUCGGUUGUCCAGUAAAACCAGGUACCUCUGAAUCCAUUCUCACCGCCAAGAACUAUUACAGGGCCGAUCUUGAACAGCUGAAGCAAUUCGUUGCCAACGAUCGAACUCUCUAUUGGCGUGGACAGCCCCAUGGAUUCUACGGACAGACCGAUAUUCUCGGUCACUCUAUCUCAUGGCUGCAGAACUCUUACCACGAACCAACACUUCUCACUCCUCCCGACAUUAGAAGUGCCGGUCUCGACGACAAGGCGUAUGUCUCCAAUCGCUAUGGUGUUUCAACCGACACUCAGAGUACCUACCAAGAUGGAAUCUACUUUGACGGUUUCCAAGUUGAGUAUGAUUUGAUUCCACGUGACAUCACUGUCUUCAAAGGCAAGGGUAUUCACACAUUCCAACAGAACUGGACACACGGUGGUAACAAUCUUACGGACGGUUCACCAGAGUGGUCUUGGCAUCUCAGACAAGAUCAAUAUGAUUUUGCCAAUAUUACAACCGUUAAUAAAUACAUUGUGCCAAAGGAUUUAACAGUAGAGCAAGUCGGUAAAUUGGCAAAUAUUCAAUCGAUUCCCAAUGUUAAGGAGGUAUUUGCUUUCGAACAUUAUAAACUUCAUAGUCUCUUCUCAUUUGGUGUCAAUCAACACUACCAAUCGAUUGAUUCACUCGCCGCCACAUUCAUGCCAAUCGACGCAUUCGGUGUCAACUAUGCUAUCAAUCCAGUACCGAAUGAAGUGCAUGCCACUCUAAUCGAUGCAGUGAGAGCACAAACCUUCAGUUCAACGACACCACCAUUGAUUGUUCCCGAUGGUAUCAUGCCAGGUGUUCCAUAUGUUCAAAUCAACGCCGGUAACACACUAAGCUAUGAAAUUCACUUUAAAGGAGAAAACAAUGUAUGGAAAGACUUUAAACUCAACUUGAUUUCAAUGGAAGAACCCACAUCUGCACAGAUAAAGAUUAAUAUUGAAGGAUAUGAUCUAGAGACAAUGACAACUCAACCAAACAAGAGAAUCACUGAAGGAAGAGAGAUAUUCCGUAUGCAAGGUGUAAGCUACACAGUAAUUAACAUUCAAUUACUUUCAGGCUCAAUCAAAUUAAGAUCAUUAAUGUUAGUUCCUCAGAAAUAA